AUGGCGGGCGCCGUGCUGACGCUGCGGGGCCGCUGCGCGUCGCGCACGGUGCCCGAGAGCAUCGAGAUCGAGGGCCGCGGCGACGCGGUCAUCGUCGGCCGGUCGCGGAAGGACGCGGACGUCUGCCUCGACCUGCCGCCGCCGAGCCCCGCGUGCCUCAUCAGCCGGCAGCACGCGAAGCUGCGCCGCGUCGGCGGCGGCGCCUGGGUGUUGAGCGACCUGGGGUCCCUCAACGGCGUCACGCUCAACGAGACGCGGCUCAAGGCCGGCGUCGAGCGGCCGCUGAGCGACGGCGACGUCAUCCGCUUCGGCGGCGCGGGCCUCCCCGGCGGGCCGGGCGACGCCGGCGAGCUGAGGUUGGGCGAGUGCGCGACCUACGUCUUCCAGAUGUCGGCCAAGCGGCCCCGCGGCGACGACGACGGCGCGCGCGCGCCGGAGCCCGCGACGGAGUCGCAGGAUUCGCGGAAGCGGCCGCGGCGGCGCCGCGCGGGCAGCGACGAGAACCUCGUCGGCGGCGGUGGCGUGUCGUCGCCACACUCCCCGAAGCGGCUCCCGUCGCCGCGGCGCAUCGCGGCGCCGGAAACCGCGAGCAACGACGACGCGCUGAAAGCGGCCGCGGCGUGCUUCGACGCCGUAUCUCGAGACCGCGACGCGCUGACCGCGGCCCGCGCCGCGGCGCCCGCCGACGGCGGCGCGGCGUCGGGCGCGGCGGCCCUGCGGAGCGCGGCGCUCGCGCAGCUGCGGUGCGCGCCGUGCGGCGAGCCGCUCGCGUGCGCGUUGGUGCUCCCCUGCGGCCACGCGCUCGACGAGUGCUGCUUCAUCCGCCGCUGCUUCGACCGCCAGUGCGACGCGGCCGUCUGCCCCUGCUGCGGGUCCAGGUUCGCGCCGGGAAGACACGCGCUGCGGCGGUCGGGGCAGCUCGACGCGGCCGUCGAGGCGCUCGUGUUGGGCGACGCCGCGCUGCUCGCGGCCCACGAGCGGCGCCUCGACGCGGCGGCAGCGGCGCGCGCCGACGCGGGCAAGCACCUCGCCGCCGUGCCGGACCCGGACCUGCGGGAUUUGCUGGCGGACCUGGUCUACGACCAGACGCCUUCUCAGUGCGCGAAGGCGCUGCCGCUCGAGCGGCCGGACAAGCUGCUCAUGUUUAAGUGGGACACGCGGGCGGCGGACACCGACGACGACGACGAGGAGGACGAGGAUGAGGAGGAGGACGAGGCGGGCGUCGUCGUCUGCAGCGGCUGCGGCGAGCGGGGCCACACGCAGGACGAGUGCCCCCACCGGUCGGACAUCUCCGACGACGAGGCUAUCUCCGACGACGACGGCGAGGACUUCUCCUAG